AUAGAGCAUGAGUUAUCAAACUUGACAGGAACAUUCGAAGUUGCGUAUUGUGGUUCUGAAAACAAUAGCGGAGUAUUUACUAUUAAUUGCACAGUAUCACUUAUAUUUACUAAAGACCAAAUUUUUAAACAAGUUUCCGAAACUUUUAAGACAUCACAGACUUUGCGUGAUUUGGGAUUGCAACAAGGGAACACGGAGUUAUUUGAUGAAAUGGUCUGUAAUGAAAACACUACACCAACAAGCAAUGGCACUUUCUAUUGGCCAAUGACAAAAAUAGGGACUAAUGUGACGAUCCCAUGCCAUGCAAAUGUAGCGACGAGACGCUGUUCCUCUAGACAGGCGGCACAUUCCGAAAAUGCAACAAUUCAACAUAUGACAUCACCAAAGUGUUCACCAUUCACUGGUGUCUGGCAAGAACCAGACAUGACCCAGUGUUACAAUACAGAGAGGAUCACUCAACAACUAAAGAACAUCACAGGUGAAGACAUCGGUAAAGAAAAUGUUGAGGAGGCUUCAAAAGCCCUCCGCAUCAUUUCGGAGAAAUCGGUGUAUUUCAAAGCAGAAGAUAUUAACUUGGCUGUAGACAUUCAAGAGAAAAUGGUGCCAUUGAUAUCGAAUGUGUCCACAAAUAUAACACUGAAUAACAUACUUCCUAGUAUCAACGAUAUGAUAGACACACCGGAAGAAAUUUUGGUUGAAGCAGAACAAUCAAAGAGAACUGGGAAAAUCCAUAUCACAUUUGUUGUUGGAAUUAUAAUUAUAACCAUCGACACCUACUGUAUGAUUGCAAGAGAUAAUGCACUUGGUGUUUUAUAUCUCAUCCCGGUUACGAUACGCUUCUUUUACAUCACAUCCACACAAAUUCAAUGUUCAAGUUCUGGUAAUAAAACAGAUGUUGGAACAGCAUAG